GCCCUUGCCUUGCGGGCGCUGGGCUGCUCGAGCUACGGUGCAGCGGACGUGGCGGUGGCCGGCCUCAGUCUGGUGCCGUUCUUAGGCGAGGCCUGCGACUCUCUGAAAGACUCCGUGCUGGCGGCACAAGCAAUCGCCUCAGACACCGGCUGGGUGCGGGCAAUAGGCUGCGGUGCGCUGGGCUACCUCUGGCUGCUACACCUGGCCGUCCUGCUGCCGAACAAGUCGACGCGCCUGGAGCUGUGCCGCGGCUAUCUGGCCCUGUUAUUUGUGAAGAGGAAAGCAGCGGGCUCUGGCUACAGUCUUUGGAAGAAGCUCUUGCAGCUAUUCUACAAACAAAGCACACCCACCAGGCGGUGGGCAAUGGUGCUGGAAGACGCUCCGCAAGGCGUCAUCGCCUCCGUCAUCUCUGUGACCGAUGGUCUUAAGCCUUUUACACUGGCAGUGAACCUGGUGCUCCCCUUCGCCCGGCUCUUGCUGGCGUGGAUGUACCACGAUCACAUUGCCUGGGAGGUACGGGCAUGGCUGAAGAACGAGGCGCUGGACGCGUACUAUGCUGGGCGCCUGACCUUAUGUGAUGACUACAUGUCUGCGCUGCGCGGGCUGAAAAAUGUCGCCCAGAAAAGGGGCGGGGCAGGCAUGCUCCGUGAAACCCUCGAUGAUCGGGAGGUGCUUCGCGCCAUGAUGGCGGCGAGGUCGGCGGAUAGCACCUGGCUCCAACACGGCCCUCCCGGGCCCUGCGAAGAGCUUCGGCUGAACCUUCUCCCCGACUCCGAGCUGUGGAAGUUCACGGAGGAGUUCCCGGAGGCUCGGCUCUUGGCUCUCACUGCGCCGCCGGGGCGCCUGCCCUGCAGAGUCGACCUCUUUUUGGGGCGCAGCGACCUGGGAGACGAAGGUUAUCGAAUCCUCGGCGAGUCCCUGCAGCAGAUCGGAGGAGGCUGCGAGGAGCUCCGGUUCUGA